CAGUGCAUGAUUUAGAGGUAGGGAGUAUAAAUCAGGCUAGAGCAACCAGGAGAGGAAUUACUCUGUCUGAGCCGAAGACUGGAAGAACAAGAAGCAGAUUCAGAAACAGUGGCAGGUCCCACAGUGACAUAUGACAGGUUGAAGAGUCAGGAAGACACAACACGAAUGGGCAUCUCGGCCACUCAGCCUCAACGUUUUAAUUAUUGAGCCAAAAGCGUCCCUCAGCUAAACGAGCAGAUGGCGGGACGAAACUGCAGAGGGCACCAGAUCAUUUGCUAUGGAACCACGGAGGAUUAGGCGAUGGGCAUAUCGUACCUGCUUCUGGGCUGUCAGUCACCAAGGUGCCUGCUCUCUAAAUGGUCAUUUUGCUGCACUGAAGAUUAAGUAGGAGUUGUUUCUCCUCUGUGAAUGUUAUAAAUCCACUGAGGUUCUCCCCCUCCGAGCAACGGAAAGCAGCAUCUGCUAUUCCACCGAGCCCCGACGCCCCUGCGAGCAGGCAGCCGUCAGGGGAUGCGGAUGGGAGUCCGGGAUGACAGCCUGCCUGGUUUUUCCUCAGUUGGGAAACUGAAGAGAGAGGGAGGGAGAGUAAACGUUGCUAACUCUUGUGGAUGGAGCACCUGCUAACCUGCGCCACCUUUUGCUUCUAGAGAGAGGCAGAGAAGAAGAAAACCUUAUCUACCUAAGACCAGUUUGGGGGAUCCACCACCCAAAGCUAACUCUUCCUCCUGAGCCCCCACUCGCUUUUCCGGAGAGAGCAAGAACAGUUGCAUCUAAUGAGCACCAAAACGGGGUGCCUCCCGAGAGAUUUUUUCCAACGGAAUCCGUCAUCCGGGGUGCAGCUCCUUUUCCCUCUCCCCUCGGCACCGUGCCCGGCUUCAGUCAACCACUGGCAAUGAACACCACGCUCAGCCUGCUUUCUUUCCAGCGCCUGGCGCCUAAUGACCCCAAAGACCUCAAAGACCUCAACGGCUCCUUCCUCUUCACCAACCAGAGCGGCAGUGGCUUCUGCGAGCAGGUCUUCAUUAAGCCCGAAGUCUUCUUGACUUUGGGGAUCGUCAGCCUGCUGGAGAAUAUCCUCGUUAUCCUGGCCGUGUUCAAGAACGGAAAUCUCCACUCGCCUAUGUACUUUUUCCUCUGUAGCCUGGCGGCGGCGGACAUGCUAGUGAGCGUGUCGAACGCCUUGGAGACGGUCAUGAUCGCCCUCCUAUCCAAUGACUACUUCGCCUUCGACGAUCGGUUCGUCCAGCACAUGGACAACGUCUUUGACUCGAUGAUCUGUAUCUCUCUGGUGGCCUCUAUUUGCAACCUCUUGGUCAUUGCCAUCGACAGGUACAUCACCAUCUUCUACGCGCUCCGUUACCACAGUAUCAUGACCGUCAAGAAAGCCAUCACCCUGAUUGCGGCCAUCUGGAUCUCGUGCUUCGUCUGUGGCAUUAUGUUCAUUGUCUAUUCCGAAAGCAAGACUGUCAUCGUCUGUCUCAUCACCAUGUUCUUUGCUAUGCUGCUCCUCAUGGCCACCCUCUACGUCCACAUGUUUCUGUUUGCCCGUCUGCACGUGAAGCGGAUCGCGGCCCUGCCCGUGGACGGGGCGGUGCACCAGCACACCUGUAUGAAAGGGGCCGUCACGAUUACCAUCCUCUUGGGCGUAUUCAUAUUCUGCUGGGCCCCUUUCUUCCUCCAUCUCAUCCUCAUCAUUACAUGCCCCGCCAACCCUCACUGCGUCUGCUACACCUCGCAUUUCAACACUUACCUAGUCCUUAUCAUGUGCAACUCCGUCAUCGACCCCCUCAUCUAUGCUUUCCGGAGCCUGGAGAUGCGUAAAACUUUCAAGGAGAUAGUUUGUUGCUGUCAUGGCAUCAGUUUGGGAUAGUGUUUUUCUGAGGGAGCGGGGAGUCUGUGAUAGAAAGAUGUUCAUAAUUCGGUAUUCAGCUCAGCCAAAGAGGAUGGCAUUUAGGAAGAGAAGGAAACGAUGAGUGAGAGCAUCAGCACCUAGUGUCAACCUCCUCUUCUAAAAAAUUAAAUACAUUUUCUUGAAAGGGAAAAAAAAUCAGCUCUAAUUUGCCCUUUUAAUAGACUUUAAUGGUCAGAGUGGGGAGACAAUUAUGAUUUACAAAGUAGCUCUCUGAGAGAUCUGAGAAAAAUGUUCUGAUUGAUAGCUGCAUUCAUGUCUGUAAACCUAGGCUUUAUAAUCCUUUCCCUAUCACCCUAGUUUAUUUCCAUUGCAUCAGGCAUCAAACCAGCCAAAUUUAAGAACUUAAAGUUGCAUAAUCUUCAAGUAACUAGAAUAAUAUCCCCUGUUCCUUUUGUCAGCUACUUAUAUGCAAGGUUUUACGUUCAUUUUUAAUAGAACUAUGAUCAAUGCAUUUUUUAAAUCUCACUCUAUGUGAACCUUGGGCUGUUGGAAGUUCAAAGAUUUAAUUCUUGGAGAAAAUAGUGCCCAAGGAUGACAAUAGACUGCGAUUUCAGAUGAAACCAGCUUCUUUUAUUAUAGUUCAUUCAUCAACAUGUAGCCCUCAGUACACUAGCAAAAGAGAGUUGAUGUGCUUUGGAUAACAGAAAUCAAUUUUCUGCAAUGUACUUCGAUAGACUGGGUACCUAGUGACUGCUUUUCUAAAUGUGAGUGCUUCCCAGCAUUAGAUGUAUGAUUUAGGUUUAGCCGUCGCCUGGGGAAAACAGCUGAAGGAAACCUGAGUGUUAUGAAGUUAUUUUACCCUUUGAAAUGAUGAGAAUUGCUAAAAAGAAAUUUAAAAACCUCAUAAGACAUUAAGCAUUUUCAAGCCAUCUCCUCCCAUCCUUACCACUUCUCCCAGAAGACUCAUAGUCAGUGAUCUUCAAAUUAUAUGCGGUUUAGCUACAAAACUUUUAGCCACAUACUUUAGACAAGCAGCAUACUGUCAAGAAAAAAAAAUGAUCUUGAAGCAUAAGCUCUUGUUUUGUAUCUUUCUGCUCCUCACUUUUCAGAUGCCUUAAGAAGAAGAAUAUGCAAAAAAGUGUGGGUUGGAAUCUUGAAAAACUCUUAAUCAAAUACUAUGCUUGUCAUUUCAAAAGCUGUUGAAUGAACCCUUAAAAUCUUUUUAUUCUCAUUUAGGAACAUGUAGCAUAUCCUUUUUUUUCGUGGAAUCCUUUGUUGUAAUUGUGCCAGUAUCACAUUAUUUUUCCCCAUCUUAUAACAUCUGGAAUAGUUUCAAUUUUUACAAGUGUUUAAUUUUUUAAUGUGGCUCUAAAAUUCUUGUAGCCCUGUCAAUCUUUUAGCACAUGAUUAUCAGGUAAAUCAUUUUCUGCCCUUCAGAGAAAGAGGUGAAAAACAGAACAACUAUAUUGUACAUAUUCAGUAGUUUUACUGUCUUGAGGCGUCUCUCCUAUUUCUAUAUUUAUUUAUUUUCAGUAACUCAACUCUGCCAAAAUAUUCUGUCCCAGCUGGAGCCCUGUGCCAUUGUCUUUUUAGAGAUCCUUCAUUAAUGUUUAUUGUAUCGGAUGCAAUAUUUGUCCUUAAAAUUGUUUUGGUGAGAUCAACUAUUUGUCUUCAAAAUUGUUGUGGUGAUACUGGUAAUUUCAGUGGUAUAUGCUACAGCUUAUGAUGUUAGGUAGCAGUAAGAGGCUUUUAAAACUGCUGAGAAAAAAAGUGUUCUAAUUAAAUAAAUCAUCUAAAUCA